AUGACCUCUGUCCCCCUCCCAGGUGACCGGCUCCUGCAGGUGGAUGGAGUGAGUCUGUGCGGCCUCACCCACAAGCAGGCUGUGCAGUACCUCAAGGGUUCUGGGCAGGUUGCAAGACUGGUCUUAGAGAGAAGAGGCCCCAGGACCGCCCAGCAGUGUCCUUCUGCUAAGGACAGGACGGGAGAUGAAUGCACGGCUGUUUCCUUGGCAACAGCCUUGCCUGGCAGGCCCGCGGGCUGUGUCUCAGCGACAGAUGGUCCUAGGUUUGAAGUCACUCUGAAAAAAAAUGCCAGUGGUUUGGGAUUCAGCUUCGUGCAGAUGGAGAAAGAAAGCUGCAGCCAUCUCAAGAAUGAUAUUGUGAGAAUUAAGAGACUCUUCCCAGGGCAGCCAGCUGAGGAGAAUGGGGCCAUUGCAGCAGGUGACAUUAUCCUGGCUGUGAAUGGAAGGCCCACAGAAGGCCUCGUCUUCCAGGAGGUGCUCCAUUUACUGCGAGGGGCCUCACAGGAAGUCACGCUUCUACUUUGCCGACCCCCUCCAGGUGCACUGCCUGAGGUAGACGAGGGAUGGCAGACAGCCGUGCUCUCAUCAGACAAAGAGUUCACCAGGGCAACUUGCACAGACUCAGAGCAGAGCCCCAGUCUGGAUCAUGAGGACAGCCGGAGGGACAGUGCCUCCCCAGACCCAGGGGAAAGCCUGGGUCUUAGGCCAGAAUCUUUCCAAAAAGCCACCAGGGAGGCACAAUGGGACAAAGACCUAGAGAGACCCUGGGCUACUUCCUUGAUGCAUCCUCAGGAUUCCCACCCUCAUUUAUGCAGACUUCAACAACGAAUGGAUGCAUCAACAUUGGCCAGCUCUUUGGAAAAGGAUAUGAGGCAAAACUGCUAUUCAGUUUGUGAUAUCAGGAGACUUGAAAGAUUUUCCUCCUCAUCUUCUCUAACCGGACUUUCGACAGAUAUUUUCUGAGCCCAUUCUCUGCAUGCUUGAAGCACUGUACAAAGUGCUCUACCAUCUGUCUGCGCUGCUUUUUCUAAACAGAAAGCCUGUGGGGUGACCUUUGGGCAGCCCCCCGAAAGCGUGUUCUUCCACUGUUGUCUCUGC